ACGCACGUCAUCAACUCACCCUCGCCAUCUCAUCCGCAAUGGCCACGAAAACUGGAGAGGCAGCCGCGCGCGCGUUCUUUGCGAUUCCCGCCUUUGCUGUGGUGGGAGCAUCCAAUGAUCCAUCCAAGUAUGGAAACAAGAUUUUCGCAUGGUACCUCUCGGAGUCGCUCCCCGUAACCCCCAUCAAUCCCACGGCCGCGACUAUCACUGCUCUGUCAGCCGAUCAUCCCGCCGUGAAGUCGCUGUCUGCGCUCCCUUCUCCCAAGACCACUGCGGUCUCGAUCAUCACGCCACCGAAGAUCACACAGAAGGUGUUGGAAGAGGCGAAAGGGUUGGGCGUGCCGGCGGUGUGGCUCCAGCCUGGCACGUUUGAUGGGGACGUUAUGGCGUAUGCCAGAGAGAACUUUGGGGUUGCGGUUGGAGGGGAAGGAGGAGGCGGCAGUGAGGGAUGGUGCGUGCUUGUGGAUGGAGAGGCGGCAUUGGCAGGGAGGGGAAAGUUGUGAGGGCAGGCAUUGGGGGUCGGGAUGGGGUGGAUAAGGGAUAUUUACUGUAUGAGUAUAGUAAAAUUCAAGACAAUGCG